AGCGUCCGAGCAACAUGGCUUUAAAGUAGCCUGACAGUGCUUUACCUCUUUUCUACCUCCUGCCUUUAAUUUCCUUGAUUCUUUACCCCAAAGUCUCAUCAUUUCCCAUUUCGUCUCCCUCCCCUUCCUGGCUGUCGGAUGCAGGGACCUCCUCAUUUGAGCUGCAGGUUUUUACGUGGGCGAAUCACAAAGUGUUGGAAUCUAUUGCCUUUGUCUGACAAGUCAUCCAUCUCUAUGCAAGGGGAUCUGUGGGAUGGAGGUAGGAGGGGGGGUGAACUGUGGGACUGCAGCUUUUAGAAACAGACACAGAAGGAGAGGGGUUUCAUUUUCUGCCCAAAGCUUCGUUCAGGCACAGCCCAUUCUGGAGGAGAGGGGGACUCGCUGCUCUGUACUUCGCCGUGUCCAUGUUGUUGUCAUCUCCGCCCCUAUCUGAUUAAACCACAGAGUCUGCCGGUCCACCACGCCGUCAGAGGAGAGGGAUUUUUUUUCCGGUCGCAGAUUCCUGAGCGGAGCAGUGGAGACUCGGUUUUACGCUUCUGUUUUCCUCAUGAUGUCCCUUAAAAACAAAAAGUGACCCGCUUCGAGCCAAUGUUUCCGCGACUGGUGCGCUCUGCACACGCGUGGGUCAUGCACUGCACCUGACAGCCCCUUCUGCAGACUUUUGAGUUUAGACUUUUUUUUUCUUCCAGGAGGAAAACUUAGCAUCGCGCCCAAGAAGUUGUUCACUGCUUGUUCACCGCGGACUCUUCCCACACGGACUGUGUUACACCAACAUCUAAAUCCUUGAUUGUUUUUUUUUCUUUUUGUCAUUUAAGCUGCAUCACCGAGGCGAAACGGCGACCUCAGUCGAUUACCUUUCUUUCCUUUGCUAUCCCAUGGAUAUUCACUGCAAAGCAGACCCCUUCUCAGCGAUGCACCUUGUAUCCCACGCAGGGCACGGCGGUGUGAACCAGCUCGGCGGGGUGUUUGUGAACGGCAGACCCCUUCCCGACGUGGUGAGGCAGCGGAUCGUGGAGCUGGCCCACCAGGGCGUCCGGCCCUGCGACAUCUCCAGACAGCUACGGGUCAGUCACGGCUGUGUCAGCAAAAUCCUCGGCAGCUAUCAGAAGGCAUUUCAGAGGUACUAUGAAACCGGCAGUAUUAAACCCGGGGUUAUUGGUGGCUCCAAACCAAAGGUUGCAACUCCAAAAGUGGUGGACAAAAUUGCAGAAUAUAAACGGCAGAAUCCAACCAUGUUCGCUUGGGAAAUAAGGGACCGACUACUGGCUGAGGGCGUCUGCGACAAUGACACGGUUCCCAGCGUUUCAUCCAUCAACAGGAUUAUCCGCACCAAAGUCCAGCAGCAAUUCCACCCAUCCCCUGACGGAUCUGUUACACCACUCUCCACGCCCGGCCAUACCAUAGUGCCCAGCACAGCCUCCCCUCCUGUGACCAGUGCCUCCAACAAUCCCGUAGGAUCCUACUCCAUCAACGGCAUUCUGGGUAUCCCCCGCUCCAAUGGCGAGAAGAGGAAACGAGACGAUGUUCUCUGGAGUGGCAACCACUUGGAUGGGAGGAAAAUAGGACAUUAUGGCUCUGAUGGUUCGGGCCCCGGCAGCGACUCUCAGGGCAGUGUGGAAAGUUUAAGAAAGCACCUGCGGGCGGAUGCCUUCACCCAGCAGCAGCUGGAGGCCCUCGACCGUGUGUUUGAAAGGCCUUCUUAUCCUGAUGUCUUCCCCACCUCAGAACACAUUAAACCCGAGCAGGCGAAUGAGUACACUCUCCCGUCCCUGAACGCUGGCUUGGAAGAUGUGAAGCCGAGCCUCUCCAGCAGUGCCAGCUCUGACCUCGCCUCGAGUGUCUCCCAGAGCUACUCUGUUGUGACAGACUCUCACCCGUCAUAUCCACCUUCCAUGUGUGUAAAGCGAGAGCCCCAUGAGGCAUCCUUUGCCCCCUUCACCCCCUCCUCUGUUGGGGAUUCUGCUCUAGCUGACAUCUUGCCCCACCAGUCCAGCCUCUCAGUAGAUGCAUCUACUCCCAGCUACCUUGCCCAUGCUCACAGCUCCUGCUACAGCCAGUAUGCCAGCCAGCCCUUUAUAGCAGGUCGAGAUAUGGCUAGUACCACCUUACCUGGCUACCCACCUCAUGUCCCCCCCACAGGACAAGGCAGCUACCCCACAUCCACACUUGCUGGAAUGGUUCCCGGAGGGGAUUUUUCUGGAAACCCCUACUCUCAUCCACAAUACACAACUUACAAUGAAGCCUGGCGGUUCAGCAAUCCAGCGUUACUAAUGCCGCAUCCCGUGGCUCCGCACCUCCCACUGCUGCCACUGCCUACGACCGCCACUAGUUACACCAGAGACCAGCUCAAACUGCAGGGCCAGAGCUUCGGCCUCCAUAUUGUCCCUGUCUGAGAAACACUGAGGUCAAAGGGAAGCGAGGUGGAAUCCUAAAUGAAACCCCCGUCAGCAAGUGCGUUGUGGAGGAAGGAUGGCCGAGGUCGACGCCGAUGCACCCAGCUUCAGCGUCUCACACACACUUUGGGUCAAAAGGGCCCGUGGGCAUUCAGAACUCACCUGUCAUGCCCUUACUCUCUCACAGGCCUGAACGUUUCCAGAAUGACUUUAAGAGAUUAUAUAAAUAUAUAUAUUAUAACAUAUAAAUUGAAGAAAAACAGUGUGAAGAAAACCAUGUGGAAAAAAUGUUGUGGGUUUUUAAUUUUUGUUUCUUUGCUGUUGUUGUUGUUGUUGUUGUUAUUUUAUUCAUGGAUCGUCACAUUCCUUUAUGUAAUGAACUGCAGUAUUUUUCUGCUCUGAAGACAGACGUCCAGGGGGAGAUGACAGUGGUCCUAUAGCUUAACAAUGUAGCGAAUUAAACCAGUGUUGUGGGCCCCUCUGACCAUUAACGAGAUCCUGGCUCCAUAAUGUAGAGCGGGCUUUACUCUGGUGCUUUGAUGAACUUUUCUGCUCCCAUUUCUCCGAUAACACUUAAAUUAUAAGACGAACACAGCAUGCCCUGCAGCGUUUACUGACCCUGGCGACAUCGCGCUCCCCGUGGCAAACAAUCAGAUGUAAAAAUGUAAAUCAUUUUGCAAAGUAUUAAAAAUGUGGUGACCGUGAACUUAAAAUGGUCUUGCCAGAAUUUUAAAUACUUUAAAUUAUAUUUUCUGUUACAUUUUUUUAAGUAUAAACAACGAUUUUUCAGAACGGCUGUCACAUUUCCCUCAUGUCCAUGUAUGUGCGCAGUGUCAUCCUUUGCUCUCUUUUUUUUUGCACUAUAACCUCAGCUUUUUUUCUCUUUUUUUGUGGUACAUUCACCUACAAUUAACCAUUUUAUAAGCAUAAGUUGAAAAUAUAUAUGUUGCAUUCUUAGAAAAACACAAAGCUAACAAGCUAACAGACCCGUUUGCGUAUGAACAUCUUUUUUCCAAGUAAAAGUGAAGCCAUAACUCUUUGGCUACAUGAGCAAAUCCUUUCAGUUCAACUGUAUCUCAUUCAGCUACUUAGUCAUGCCAAUAGAUGCCUACACAGUUUAGAAAGCUGCGUGCAGUUGUGCAAACCGACUGCAAAUUAGCUUCAACAAUUGCCUUACAGACCUGUUUUUUUAAAACAUAAAUUCAUGCCUGUUAAUUGAAAUUAAUUGCCUUUAAAAACAGACUCACCACCCUCCACCACGUUAGGUUCCACUCUCCGUAGGGGCUGAAAGGAAAUACUGACUCAUUUUAAGUUUUGGAAAAUAUUUUGUGAAUGUACUCUUAACUACAUUUGCCAAAGACUUAGUUUGAUAUUUAAUAUUUUAUUUACAGUAUAUGUAUGCAUAAAUAAAGCAGUAUUAUCUUUUAAAUAAGUCAACACUGAACAUGUAUGUCAUGGCAUUUCAGCUGGUGAACAUCAUGCUGCAUUUGAGUGUAGUGCGAAAGGAGAAAUUCAGUGAUCUAAUAUUACAAUAACUGCAAUGAAAUGCUGCUUUAUAGAAGGAUUUGUGAAUAAUGUGAAGACAAUUCUCUGUAAAUAUAUUGUCACUCACACACACGCACACACACACACGCACACACACACACACACACACACACCAUCGCAGUAUCAUACUAAUGUACUGGUUCCCUUUGUAGAUAUACAGACUGAAAAAAAACAUGCAUUACAUUUGUGUCUUAAUGUAAUGUUGUGCUCUGAGGAAUGGCACAACAGCUGUUUAACCUAUGGCUACAUCAAUAGCAGGUUCCAGAUGCUAACAUCACAUAGGUUGUCUUUGUCAUUUUAUUUUAUUUUCAUGAUAUUGUCAUGAUGAUGUUUUAUGUCACUAUGCAAUGAGUUCAAUGGCUUUCUGUAUCAUCUUUUGUUGUACAGAAUAAGUUAUCCCCAUUGAGAACAGCAUAAAAGCUGCAAAAGUACAACAGACCUCCAGUGUGACAUAAUUAUUCUCUAGUUUUUACGUUUGCUCCGCAAAUUCCCUGAAAUGAAGAUGCGAUCAAACUGAUGUCCUUGGCAACAAUCAAAGAUAUUGUCCUGUUUGCUAUUUGUAGAUGUCGUGCUCAUUAUGUUCCUCCAAAUUACAGUGAUCUGUGCCUCAAUGUAAAGAAACACGCCCAUACUUUCCCCUCCACUUUCUCAACUCUGCUGCCGACAGUUUAGCAGAAGGCAUCAAAAAAUAACUUUUAUUUUAUUUUAUUCCAUACAAGCUAAUGCAUCUUCUGGUACCAGGGUUAAGUGUCAUUGCUGAGGGCACCAGAUAACAGAGAAAUAGACUGCAGUUCUGCUCUUCAAGAGAAGCUAUCCUCUACAAAUUGCACUUGGGAUUUUAACUAUUUCUGUCUACUUGCAUCUGAGAGUGAAACACUGGUGCAGAGUGCAUGCCACCAUCAUUCAAGCAAAAUCUUUGCUGUAGGAAGUGGAGCACCUUUGCAGGAAUGGGCCUUGUGCCGUUGUAAAGAUGAUACAGGAGAUGUGUCAUGGACAUAAAAAGGAUUUCUGAUGAAAAUCUAUAUGGAAAGCCUUGUGGCCUCAAUCAUUGUUCUGUUUCAGUUCUGUUCCAAUUCUUUUUGUGCACAUGAGAAAUAAAUUCUUUUAUAUGUCUGU